CCUCAACACCUCAGAAAUCUGAGAGAGAGAAGGAACAAUCGAGGACGAGAUGACCGGAGCCAGCGCCUACGAGGAGCAGCGCCGCCGCAUCAUGGAGGCGAACCAGCGCAAGAUGGACGAGCUGCGCCUGCACCACCUCUCCGCCGCCGUCAAGGACGCCAUCCCCAAGCCAUCGCCGGUCAAGUCCGUGAAGCGCAAGAGGGCGGCGCCGCGCGACGACGCGCCGGUGGCGGUCCGCCGGUCCGACCGCAACGCCAGCAACCCGGACAAACCAAACUACCGCUACGAGGAGGUGUACUCGGUCCUGGACGACAGGAAGAAGCCCAGGGGGAGGAGGACGACCAGCACGCGCAAGGACCUCGCCAACCGGGUCUACGCGUCCGACGAGGCCAGGGAGUACGCCACCAGCAAGGGCGAGGAGCUGCAGGAGAAGCUCGGCUCCGACUACCCCACCUUCGUCAAGCCCCUGACGCAGUCCCACGUCUCCGGCGGAUUCUGGCUGGGGCUGCCCACGGACUUCUGCCGGAAGUACCUCCCCAAGCGUGACGAGUUCCUCACUCUGGUGGACGAGGUGGAUGACGAAGUUGAGUCGCUCUACCUCGCGCUCAAGAGGGGCCUCAGCGCUGGCUGGAGGAAGUUCUCCAUCGAUCAUGAGCUGGUCGACGGGGACUGCCUCGUCUUCGAGCUCAUCGAGCGCACGACAUUCAGGAUUUAUAUCAUCAGGCAAAGUUCCUACUCCAAGAAGUUGAAGGCCUCCAAGAAAUUGAAGGCGUGAGAUUCAGAUAUGCACUGAGUGCAGGUGCUUUAGUGAAUCCAGUCUUACCUGAAGGAACUGGACAGGAGUUUGCAAAUGAUGAUUGAACUAUAUUCAGCUUUUAGGGUGUCAGUUAAAGUUCAAAAUAUGAACUUCACGUAUCUUCCUAGUAGAGUAGUAGUCAUAUUUGGACUUAUCGUUGGGAACUAGCGACACUUGUAAAUUUUGCUUAUGAUGCCCCAUCCUUAUUUCCAUCCAUGUACUUGUGAUGUCCAGUUUAAUCUACUCUGCAAGCAUGCAUAAUUUAAGAGGUUUCAUCUGGUCC